AUGGCCAACAAUGAGCUCACCUUCAUCUCCGUCAAGCCGGACGGCAUGCAGUGCGGCGUGGUGGACGACAUCAUCAAGCACGUUGAGCAGAAGGGAUUCUGCCUGGUGGCCAUGAAGUUAGUUAAGGCCUCUGAGGAACACCUGAAGCAGCACUCCAUUGACCUGAAGGACCACCCCUUCUUCCCAGGGCUGGUGAAGGACAUGAACUCGGGACCAAUGUGGCCAUGGUCAGGGAGGGAUGAAUGUGGUGAAGAUGGGCCGGGUGAUGCUGGGGGAGACCAACCUGUGGCAGAUUCUCAGCCCGGAACCAUCCGAGGGGACUUGUGUUCAAGCUCAUUCAUGGCAGUGACUCGGACAAAAGCGCGGAGAAAGACAUCAGCCUCUGGUUUAAGCGGAGGAACUGGUGGACAACAAGUCUUGUGGCUAUGA